AUUUGCGCCAAUGGGAACAGCCACACAUAUGAAUACAUCUGAGUUUCGGUUCAACAGAAUGCAUAUACUUAUGCAUUAAAUAUGAUCAACAGGAUGUACAAAUGUAUUAUAAGUAAUUUUAAAAGUUUUAAGACUUAAAUCUCUAUUUUGCCAUCGUAACCAAAUCAUUAUUUAAAACUCCACGAUCCGUGAUAAUCAUCAAGUCUUCUAUCUAACAAUUGCAUUUUUUAUUUAUUUAUUUUUUUCAUUCUUUUAAAUUAAGUAUCAAUAUGUUACAUUUCGAAAUAUAUUGAAUCGACACGUCUAUCCAGGUGAGUGCAAAUGCUUGGGCGGCUUUUGAUAAAUAGGAUGUGCUCGCGCAUGCGUAACGGUCGCUGCAGUAAAUUCCAAUGUCGCUAAAUAAACAACGUUUUGUACAUAAGUAACUUUGCUUGGAAUUGACAAUGAAUUUAAAAAUAUGGGAAAAAAUAAGAAAAUGAAUAGUUUCCAUUGUGACUGCCGGGAUGUGGCCCAAAUUGCUGCAUUUAAUUUUUAACACUGGAUCGACUCUAUCGGAGCCACAAUCGCAAAAAAUAUGGCUUAAACGUGAUGCUCAUUUCGUACUUUGUACUAUGCAAGCUAACUUCGUAGAAGUUUGUCGCCGUGCUUAUAUAUAUGUACAUAUUAGUUCGUCCGGCUUGGAGGCGAGCACAGUUGCUGCGGGUAUCUUGCAAGCGGUAGUUCGUUUGUCAACGUUGCUCAUCUUUUGCAUAGAAGUGUAAAUUUCAGUCUACCGUAGAACAUAUAAACAAAAUGGUUUUAAGACCUGAAUUAGAUGAACUUGUCAAAGUGUUGGAAAAUUGGAUUAGGACGCAGCCGCACUUGCCACAAGCUAUAGAGAAGCCGGUGCUCGAGCGCUUCCUCUAUUCGAUGUUCGGCGAUGUGGCGGGCGCCCAACGCUUGCUUGAGCUCAAUUAUGCGCUGCGCAACAAGUAUGCGCACAUAUUUCUGCAACGCGAUCCCACGGAUCAAGAGUCGCAGCAGCUGUUGCAAGUCGCCGACUUGUUGCCUCUGCCUGGACUGACACCGGACAAAAACAAGCUGCUUUUGUAUCGUCUUACCGAUUUUGAUGCAGAUAAGUUUAACUUUACGGCCAGCAUUAAGGUGUUCUUUAUGAUGGCCGACCUGCGAUUCGUACUGCCCGACGAGGCGGGCAUGUGUGAUGGCGAGGUGCCCAUUUUCGACAUGGCCGGCUACAGUUUGCGGCAUGUUGCGCGCACAGUGUUCAGCUCGCUGCGUGUUUAUAUGAAAUUCGUACAAGAGGCACACCCAGUGCGUUUGAAGGCCAUACACGUAUUGAAUUGUCCAUCUUAUCUGGAUAAAGUGUUGACGGUGGUGAAGCCCUUCAUUAAGAGUGAGGUGUUUAAUCUGAUUCACUUUCAUCUACCCAAGGCCGAUACGCCCUACAAACAUUUUCCUCGUGAUAUGCUGCCGGAGGAGUAUGGCGGUAAGGCCGGCUCUUUGGCCGAUUUGAAAGCGAAAUGGACGGGACUACUCAUAGAGAAGAGGAAUUAUUUAAUGAACCCCGAUGCAUGGAAAAUCGACAAAAGCAAGAAACUGAAAGCUGUAGUUCCCGAAGCGAACCGGCAGGCGGACAGCAUAAGCCACAACUUGAAAACACUGGAGAUUGAUUAGACUAAGUUUGAUUUGUAAAUUUGCAUAAAUACCAUAUACUUAUCUGUAUGUGAAAAGAUUUACUUUUAUAAACGCUUGGGUGUUAUGAACAAAAUCGUA